AUGCACAUGGUAGAGAUGGUGUAUGGAGGUCGUUAUCAUAUUUUUGUUAAGACUUUGACAGGUAAGACUAUCAAGACUUUUCUUGGUGCUACAGGGACCAUUGAUUUUUCGAAGGCAAAGAUUCAAGACAUUGAAUGGAUUCGACCACAUCAUCAACGUUUGGUCACUUCUGCAAAGACCGUUGAGGAUGUUAGAACUUUGGCCGAUUAUAAUAUCCAACAAGAGUCUACAUUGGAUCUGGUUCUGAGGCUUGGUGGAUAUGAUAUCCUGAUUUAUGUUGUGAUUAAUUUGAAAGGGAACUGGAAGAUCAUCAUUCUGGAAGUGGAAAAGUUGUACACCGUUGAAGAUGUGAAGGAAAAGAUUAAGGACAAAUAG